AUGUGCACUGUCUCUUUAACUGACCGUGCCUUGUGUAAACAUUACCGUGCGCAAUACUAUUUCACACAGAGCGCUGUUGUGCUGCCUCUGCCAGAACUUCAAAGAGCCGUGGACGCCGUCCAUUACUUGGAAAGAGAGGAAAUAACUCAUCCAAAGUGCAUUUCUUUCCCGGAGACGUUACCGCAGGACUCCCCGUGGGUUCACCGCUGUGUCUGAUGGGCUUCCCCUGUCUGCGGUUCACAGCAGGAAGUGAGCAGGUGAGACGCACCUGUUCAGAACGCAGACUGAAACUCAGCACUAUCUGAUGGCUGACAAACACUUCGGAUAGCUGUAUGAUAUGCCAAAACGCACAUCACGCGGUUAUUCCAAACAGCAAUUCGCCGAUAAAAAGAAGACAUGGACUUAGACCCGAACUGGGCUCCAAAGCCGGAUUACGUGUUGCGUUUUUGAAAUAUCCCCUCCGCGACCUAUACAGGUGGGACGCGAAACUGUUCACACGAGUUUCUGUUAUGGGGAAUCAAGUGGAGAAACUUACCCAUUUGAAUUACAAUGAAUUACCCACGACUGACCCUAAUGGAUUCGACCUAGAGGACGACGCUCCACGGAUCGGCGUGUCUUAUAUUUUCUCCGCGGAUGACGACGACGAGCAAGAGGAGAACAUCGAUGUUCAGACAGAAAAGGAAGAUGUUAAACACUACGACUGCCGCAAUGAAUUAGAAAGCGCGUUAUAUUAUCGCGACGAGUGCAUAUACGAAAGGAAUAGCAGGUUCGGUGAAGUGGGAACCCUGUCGUCCGAAAACUUGGCGAAUAAGUGCAAACCCGGUGACCUGGUAGAGUUUGUGGCUAUCGGUCAAUACCCGCAGUGGGCAGUAUACGUCGGCGACCUACAGGUGGUUCAUUUGCAAAGAAACGAGAUUAAAUGCGACUUUCUUUUCGAUGCCAGUCAAGGUAAAAGGGGCAGAAUUGUGAACGAGCUGUAUAAGUUUCGCGCGCUGAGCCCAGAUGUUGUGGUGCAGAAUGCCAUGGAGCAAGUGGGGAUGAAAGAGCGAGACAUUUGCUGGAAGAACUCUGAAUGCUUCGCUGCCUGGUGCAGGUUUGGCAAACGCGAGUUUAAAACGGGAGGCGAGAUACGAAUCGGGAAGCAGCCGUACAAGAUGAAACUGCAGCUGUCAGAGAAGAAAAGUCACGUUUUGGACUUUCAGAGUUUGGAGGAUUUGAUCAUGGAAAAGAGGAGAAACGAUCAAAUGGGAAGGGAAGCCGUUGUUCAGGAACUGGAGAAUCAUUUAAAUUGCACAGAAGACACUGAGAAUGAUUACAAUUGUAACUGAUGAUGGAUCAAAGAGGGAGGUUCUCUAGUGGCCAAACAGCCUCAUCGUGGAGGAUGUGGGCUUUAUUUGUAAUCACCUCAAGCACAGCGGCAGGCAGUGUUGCAAUUUCAUCAGAGUUUCUCAAGAGAGUUUUCCGUCAGCAGCACUUUUAUAAAUUGGACAACUUCAGCUUGUUUGCAUUGAUAAUCCUUGGUGUUUUUGUAAUAAGGAUUUGAUCAUUCCCUCACUUUGCUGUAUUCACAUCCAAGGGAACGUUUUAUGAAAGCCUUUCCAUAUCACCUUUUAAUGAUCUCAUUCAUAGUAUUUUAUUUUGAGGACUCGCAAAGUAUGUAUUACCUUGACACAUAUUUCAAUAAAGUCUGAAUAUUUUUU